AUGUCGGACGUGAAUACGCUUGUGUUUCAGCCUUUGAAAGAGUUCUUUAAGAACAGUCUCCACCUUGUCAAGAAGUGCAACAAACCCGACCGAAAAGAGUUUGCUCGUAUUGCUGGUGCCACAUCUGUGGGCUUUCUCAUGAUGGGAUUUAUUGGAUUCUUUGUGAAGCUCGUGCACAUUCCGAUUAAUAACAUUCUCGUGGGUGGCAGUGCUUAG